AUGUCAACAACAAGAUCAUAUACUGAGCCAGGCUCGUCCUCUUCUUCAUCAUCUUCUUCUUCGUCCUCUACCACAUUGAUCAAGCCUGAUACUACCCUACCCAAUGAGAAUACAUCACUUCUACCGAAAGCUUCAGAUGGAUCAACAACAACUAGAAGACAAUUCUUCCCGCCUGUGACGAGGGUCUUAUUCACUACUCUAUUAUUGUCAUUGACAUUUGCUUUGACUCAAACAACCCUCAUUUACGCUUUUAGAGUUAUGACAUGUAAUGACUAUUACGAGACCCAUACUUGGAACGGAGAAGGACACGGGGGAGAUAGAUGUAGUAUCGGUCCUAUAGAAUCUAGAACUGCUAAAGAGAUCGCUAUCAUGAGUACUACAACUACAACUUCUACUAUUGCGAAUUUGUUCUUGUCGGGAUGGUUCAUCAAACAUUAUGGAGUGAAGGCAGCUAUGUUUCAACAAACCUUUUGGGCUGCUUUAAGAAGUUUAUGUCAAAUGUACGCUCUGAAUAUUGGAGGUAAAACAGGUAUUCAAAUUAUCCAAGUCACACAAUUGUUUAACGUACUAGGAUCAGCAGGUGGAACUCAAAUCGCCAGUAAUGUAUUCAUAUCCAUGUUAGUGACUGCAGAAGAGAGGACCAAGAUGUUUGGUGUUUUAAGUGGUAUACUCAUGCUAGGUAGUUCUCUAGGAUAUACUCUGGGAGGUCUCGCGUAUACGUUUUUCGGUCUAUUGGCUCCAUUCCAAUGUGCUUUCGCAUUACUUUGUUUCUGUACUGUAUUCGGCGCAUUCUUCCUGCCUUAUUUAGAACCAGAAGGGAAGCAGUCGUCAGGUUCACCAGGUGGAGAAAAGGAAAAACAAUCGUUCUUAGCUCCGUUGAAGAUAUUCAUACCUAAAAAAGUUGAGAUAAAUGGUAGAAUCAAAAGAGAUUACAAUCUGUUCUUCCUAGGUGUGGGUGCUUUUGUCAGUGUUUUAGCUACCGGCUACGUUGCUCUCGCAUUACAAUUAGUUGGAACGGACGUUUUUGGUUUCACUCCAGGUGAAAGCGGUAUGAUGCUUUCUGGUAACCUCCUUGUGAAAUCAUUUUUCUUAUCAAUCUGUUUUCCUCGAAUAAUCACAUACGGUAGAAGAUUCGUAUCUCAUCGACAAGAUGUUCCCACUGAAGCAUUCGACGGCGAACAUCCUGAAGACGCUUCGGAAGCUGAAGAACCCGAUCAAGCAGGUGCACCAAGGGAAGAUCAAGCCCGUCAACCUACUGAUAUACUACAUGGGUCAACAUUCGACCUGUAUUUCCUCAGAUGGUCAAUAUUCGCUGAUGGAUUACUCACUGGUCUAAUCACCCUAUCAACCAAAGGCUGGCAUUUAUACUUAGCCGCUGGUAUUAUACCAUUCGCAAGUGCCACAGGUUCAGCAUGUAAAGGCGUCACUUUAGAUUUUGUUGAACCGGAUCAAAGAUCAGACGCUUUGGGUGCAAUUGCCCUCAUCGAGAAAGUUGCUCAAGUAUCUACUAUCUCAUUGUUCAGUACUAUUUUCGCAGCUUUAAGUGAGCAAGGUAAACCAACAUUGGUAUUCAUGGCCAACGGGGCAAUCGCUAUGUUGGGAUUUGUUUUCUUGUUGUUCGUAAAGAUGCCAAAAUCAAACCCAGAAGAUGCACGAAUUGGUCUUUCUGCUUGA